AUGUCUAAAGUCAUCAGCACACCAGACGCUCCAGCAGCCAUCGGCCCAUACUGCCAGGCUCGUCUUUGCGAUCGCACACUCUACACAUCCGGCAUCAUCGGAAACGACCCACACGGCGGACCAAACCCGGAAACAGUCGAAGGCCAGGCUGAAUUGAUCAUGAAGUCCCUCGACGCCAUGCUCAAGGCUGCUGGCUACGAAAAGACAGAUGUUGUCAAGUGCAACUGCUACCUUGCUGAUAUCGCUGACUUCCAGAAGUUCAACAAGAUCUACGCUGACUACUUCGGCGACCACAAGCCAUGCCGCUGCUGCAUCCAGGCUGGCAAGCUCCCAGCUGGCAAGCUUGUCGAACUUGAUGCCAUCGCUUACAAGUAA